AUUUGAAGACGUUGUUAUGGUGCAAACGGCUGCGCAUUCAGCUAACCAAUCAUAUGAGAGGUGUGGGGGUUUUAAACUGUGCCACAGCACACCUGCGGAACUCAAAUACACGACGGAGACGAGAGUUGAAUGUUUCGCUGUUUUCUACUGGCUUUUCAAAGAUGGCGCAGUUUGGAUUUGAGAACGACAUCCACAGUAUUUUGAAGCUGGACAUGCCCAUCAUGAACGCUCCCAUGGCGAGGUGGCAGAGGAAGGCCAGCUCCUCCAACACAUCCAACCUAAGCGGCCUGUCGCCUGGAAAACCCACCAAUGUGUCACUGAGUUCUUCUAAAACACCCAGCAAAACACCAGGUAAAAGUAAGAAAACUCCCUCAAAAAUUGGAGGCGAUCGCUUCAUUCCUACAAGAAACAGCAAACAAAUGGAUGUGGCAAACUUCCUGCUUACAAAGGAGAACGAACCGUUUGAUGCUAACACAGCAGGAAGCACAUCAGAAAGUCAAAAAGCUUGGUCUGUAUCCCUCAAUGGAUACAACAUUGAAGAUGCAAAGAUCCUGCACUUUGGGGGAAAGCCGCUAAACGCACCUGAAGGCUACCAAAAUAAUUUAAAAGUACUCUACAGCCAAGGAACAACACCUGCAUCAAUGAAGAAGACUAGAUACAUAUCCUCAACUCCUGACAGAAUAUUAGAUGCUCCAGAUCUUCGAAAUGACUUCUAUUUAAACCUUCUUGACUGGAGCAGUCACAACAUACUUGCUGUGGCUCUUCAUAACAGCGUGUACCUGUGGGAUGCCACUAAAGGUGACAUAACCCUUCUGAUGAGGAUGGAGCAUGAGGAGGAAUAUAUCUGUUCACUGUCCUGGACCAAGGAUGGAAGUUACCUGGCUGUAGGUACCAGUGACUGCAAAGUUCAGUUAUGGGAUGUCGAGAAUCAGAAGCGUCUGCGCAGCAUGUCUAGUCACACAGCAAGAGUCGGCAGUCUCAGUUGGAAUGACCAUAUUCUUUCCAGUGGCUCCAGAUCCGGACACAUCCAUCACCAUGAUGUGAGGGUGGCAGACCAUCACAUCUUCACCCUCACCGCUCACACACAGGAGGUGUGCGGUCUUCAGUGGUCUCCUGAUGGCAGAUACCUGGCAAGCGGAGGAAAUGACAACUUGGUGUGCGUGUGGCCACGCGUGCAAGAGGGCAGUGCCAGUAAUGAUGCCCAGUUUGUUAACUGCUGGAGUGAACAUCAGGGGGCUGUGAAGGCGUUGGCCUGGUGUCCAUGGCAGUCGAAUGUCCUGGCGUCAGGAGGGGGCACCAGCGAUCGCCACAUCCGCAUUUGGAAUGUUAACAGUGGCUCCUGCAUCAGCUCACACGACACACAGUCCCAGAUCUCGUCGUUGGUGUUUGCACCCAACUACAAGGAGCUGGUUUCUGCACAUGGAUACGCCCACAACAACGUUGUCAUCUGGAAAUACCCCUCUUUUUCCAAAGUGGCUGAGCUCAAUGGGCACGAGGACAGAGUUCUCAACGUCAUUCUGAGCCCUGACUGCUCCACCAUUGCCAGCGUCGCUGGAGACGAAACCAUUCGCCUGUGGAAGAGCUUUGAAUUGGAUCCUGUGAAGAAGAAGGCAAAAGAGAGGUUGACCAAAUCGACUAGCAGUGGGUUUCAUCAAUCGAUUCGAUAAAUCACUAUUUAGUUUUAUUGUUAGUGUUUUUGCUGAUUCUCUGAGGUAACCGACAAACCCAUUUCAUCAAAUGGGUUCUUCUUGAAAGUAUUUGUUCAACUUGAAUAUUGUUUUUUUUACUUCAAUAAACUGAUUUAAACAUUAGCAGGUA